GCUUUUCAGCUGCCAUUUCAUCAAUCCCUGUACCAUACAGCACCUGAGGUGGGAACGAGCUGAUUAAACUCGCACCCCUUUCCCCCUGGCCGCUCUUCACUCUUCCCUGUAGCACAAGAAUUGGCUCCGAGUUUGCCUGAAGAUCCAGUGGCAGUGGGCGAGAUGAUGGCCCUUGUUAUAGCCAAAUCCAAAGUCUUCCAGCCGUGUCAUCGGCCAUCCAUCAUCCUCUGGAGCUCACAUCAGCCGGUUCUGCAAGGCCAGUUAAUCUCGUCUAAAUUCUGUUGCCCCUUGUAUCUUCAACAGCCAUCUCCUGUCUCCCCCUUCAUGCAGUGUACUUGUGCUUGCUUAUCCCCUGGGAUCUUUUAAAAUAGUUAUGUCAUGCCCAGACCACCACAGGGCUCCAUGAGGAUUUAUAGAAGAUGCCCCGGGUCUUGGCGCCUCUGGUGCUCCUUCUGGUGUGGCUGAUGAAGAUCGCUGCCAGCCCCCACUCCCUGAGGAUCGCUGCCAUUCUGGAUGACCCGAUGGAGUGCAGCAGAGGGGAGAGGCUGUCUAUCACCCUAGCGAAGAAUCGGAUCAAUCGGGCCCCAGAGCGAGCGGGAAAAGCCAAAGUGGAGGUGGACAUUUUUGAGCUGCUGAGAGACAGUGAAUAUGAGACAGCGGAAACCAUGUGCCAGAUUCUGCCGAAAGGGGUGGUAGCUGUCCUGGGACCUUCAUCAAGUCCGGCUUCAAGCUCUAUAAUCAGCAAUAUCUGUGGGGAAAAAGAGGUCCCUCAUUUCAAAGUGGCCCCAGAAGAAUUCCUCAAGUUCCAGUUCCAGCGAUUCACCACCUUGAACCUCCAUCCCAGCAACACAGACAUCAGUGUGGCUGUUGCUGGGAUCCUGAAUUUCUUUAACUGUACCACUGCCUGCCUCAUCUGUGCCAAAGCUGAAUGCCUUUUAAACCUAGAGAAGUUGCUUCGCCAAUUCCUCAUCUCCAAGGACACCCUCUCGGUACGGAUGCUGGAUGACAGCCGGGACCCUACCCCUCUCCUAAAAGAGAUCCGGGAUGACAAAACUGCCACCAUCAUCGUACACGCAAAUGCCUCCAUGUCUCACAUCAUCCUCCAGAAGGCAGCCGAACUGGGGAUGGCAUCAGCCUAUUACACAUAUAUCUUCACUAAUCUGGAGUUUUCCCUCCAGCGACUGGACAGCCUGCUGGAUGACCGGGUGAAUGUCUUGGGAUUUUCCAUCUUCAACCAAUCUCAUGCUUUCUUCCAAGAGUUCGUCCAGAGCCUCAACCAGUCCUGGCAAGAGAACUGUGACCACGCUCCCUUUACAGGGCCCGCGCUGUCUUCUGCCUUGUUGUUUGAUGCCGUUUAUGCCAUUGUGAGUGCAGUCCAGGAGCUGAACCGGAGCCAGGAGAUUGGUGUGAAACCCCUGUCCUGUGGCUCUGCACAGAUCUGGCAGCAUGGUACCAGCUUGAUGAACUACCUGAGAAUGGUAGAAUUGGAAGGUCUCACCGGCCACAUCGAAUUCAACAGCAAAGGUCAGCGGUCAAACUAUGCCCUGAAAAUCCUGCAGUACACACGCAGUGGCUUCAGACAGAUUGGCCACUGGCAUGUUUCUGAAGGACUCACCAUGGACAACAGAAUCUUCUCUUCCAACAUCUCUGAUAGUCUGUUCAACACCACCCUCAUUGUCACGACCAUCCUGGAAAACCCUUACUUAAUGCUGAAGUGGAACCACCAGGAGCUGGAGGGAAAUGAUCGCUAUGAAGGCUUUUGUGUGGACAUGCUGAAGGAGCUGGCAGAGAUCCUCCGCUUCAACUACAAGAUCCACCUCGUUGGGGAUGGGGUGUAUGGCGUGCCCGAGGCUAACGGCACCUGGACUGGCAUGGUGGGGGAGCUGAUUGCCCGGAAAGCCGACUUGGCAGUGGCUGGCCUGACGAUUACUGCAGAGCGGGAGAAGGUGAUUGAUUUCUCUAAGCCAUUCAUGACUCUGGGAAUUAGCAUUCUCUACCGAGUUCAUAUGGGGCGCAAACCAGGCUACUUCUCCUUCCUGGAUCCCUUUUCUCCUGGUGUCUGGCUCUUCAUGUUACUUGCCUACCUGGCGGUCAGCUGCGUGCUCUUCCUCGUUGCUCGCUUGACACCGUACGAGUGGUACAGCCCCCAUCCCUGCUCCCAAGGGAGGUGCAAUCUCCUGGUGAAUCAGUACUCUCUUGGCAACAGCCUGUGGUUUCCAGUCGGGGGGUUCAUGCAGCAAGGGUCCACCAUCGCGCCUCGAGCGCUAUCCACACGGUGUGUCAGCGGAGUCUGGUGGGCAUUCACCUUGAUCAUCAUCUCCUCCUACACAGCCAACCUGGCAGCCUUCCUCACUGUGCAACGUAUGGAUGUGCCAAUAGAAUCGGUGGAUGACCUCGCUGACCAGACAGCUAUCGAGUAUGGCACCAUUCACGGAGGCUCCAGCAUGACCUUCUUCCAAAACUCCCGUUACCAGACAUACCAGCGGAUGUGGAAUUACAUGUACUCAAAGCAGCCAAGCGUGUUUGUAAAGAGCACAGAGGAAGGGAUCGCCAGGGUGCUGAAUUCCAACUAUGCCUUCCUGCUGGAGUCCACCAUGAACGAGUAUUACCGUCAGCGCAAUUGCAACCUCACGCAGGUCGGGGGCCUUCUGGACACCAAGGGCUACGGGAUUGGCAUGCCAGUCGGCUCCGUCUUCCGCGAUGAGUUCGACCUGGCCAUUCUCCAGCUGCAAGAAAACAACCGGCUGGAAAUCCUGAAGCGCAAGUGGUGGGAAGGAGGCAGGUGUCCCAAAGAGGAAGACCACAGAGCCAAAGGCUUGGGGAUGGAGAACAUUGGAGGAAUCUUUGUAGUUCUCAUAUGUGGCCUCAUCGUAGCAAUUUUUAUGGCAAUGCUGGAGUUUUUAUGGAGCCUCCGGCACGCUGAACAGUCAGAGGUGUCUGUGUGCCAGGAGAUGGUGACAGAGCUGCGCAAUAUCAUCCUCUGCAAGGACAGUUUCCACCCUCGUCGGAAGCGAGGGGGGAUGAUACGGACUCGCCCUGUUAUUCCCGAGGAGCGCCGAGCCCGCAGCACAACCACACUCAGCAAUGGCAAGCUGUGCGGCGGGGGGGAACCUGACCCUCUGGCCCAAAGACUUGCACAAGAAGCUGCCCUGGUGGCUCGAGUGCACACACAUCCGGGUGUGCCCAGAGUGCCGGAGGUUCCAGGGCCUCCGGGCACGGCCGGCUCCCGGCUCACCUGCACGAAGCGAAGAGAGCUUGGAGUGGGAGAAAACCACCAACAGCAGCGAACCCGAGUAGAGCGGGACAGGGGACGUGGGCAAGGAGGGCCGUGUUCCGUUUUACAGAACAUGGACUUGUACAAUGUGAAACUCGUUUUUAAAUUAAAAGCAGUUACCCAGCUUCUCAAGACCAAGACAAAGGCUACGAACCAGGCCCAGCCAGAGACAUUUUGGUACCUUUCCCUAUUUAAGAGGACAUUGCUCCUACUGGAAUGCUAAUCAGCAGGAGGAAGAUCCUCUGGUUGGCCUAUCUUGAGCAGCUACCCCUCACCUUGAAACUCUGGGGUGGGGAGGAGGGACGCUGAGGGCAAUUCACAUACCAGAUCUGCUCCAACGGGGGGCAAGAGUCAUUGCUGGAAAUUCCCCAUCCUAGGACAAAAGAAAGGACAAUAAUGCCAUCUCUCCCAAUCACAUAGAUUCAAACAAGGAUGUUCUCCAGAGGGGAUGGGGGAUGGGACAGGGCUAUUUUUAUUUGAUGCGGGGGGAUGGGAAGGGAGGAGUAAUCUAUUUUACUUUAUUUUUGGUACUUCAGGACCUAGGGUCUCCAGCGCACCGGAUUUCAGGUGCUAAAAUCUCCUUCCUUUGCAGUGAUGUGGCAGGUAGGGUGAGGAAGAGCAGGAUGGGACACAGCUCCCAAAUAGCAGCAGUGGUUGAGAUGAAAAUCCAGUAGAGGAGUUA